CUCAUCCUUAAUUACGUCAUGGACCAACACAAUAUAAUUCCAGCCUAGCUUCUCUCUUUAAAAAUUUUAUUAGUUGCCUUUCAUAAUUCAUUCUUGAGUUUCUGUUAUUUGACACACACAAACAAAAAAAGAACAUGACCAACAACGUAAAUUCUUGGCUCCAGGGUGUUUAUGUUGUUUUUGCGUUUUACUCUGCUUUAUUUUUGGGUGCUCUCAAAAGUUUGUUGGUGGGUCCAAUUGCUGGCCUAAUACUUAUUAUAGGAAAUGUUGGGGUGAUUUUAUGUCUCUUCCCAACACAUGUUUUCUGGACAAUUUACACCCUUGUCAAGACUAAUAGGUUUGAUGCACCGCUUAAAGUAGCUUUCUUGUUCGGUUUGCCAGUUUUGUUUGGUAUUUGGUUGUGUUUAAGCUUAGCUGGUAGUGUUCUUGUGGGAGUUGGAUAUGGUUUCUUUGCUCCUUGGGUUUCUGCCUUUGAAGCUUUCAGACAUGAAGAUGAAUUUAACAAGUUUGUUCAUUGCAUUGUGGAUGGAACAUGGGGAACCAUAAAAGGUAGCUGUACUGCUGUUCGAGAUUUUGCAGAUAUGUGUUAUCAUUCUUAUCCAAUGUAUUUGAAGGAACUGCGUGAUUCCCCUGCUUCUCUCGACUUUCAGCCUUUUAGAUUCAUCCAUGUACCAGGAUGUAUCAUGGUUGGUUUAUUGGGACUGAUUGUGGAAAUUCCUCUUUACACUGCUAUAGCCAUAGUAAAGAGCCCAUUUAUGUUGUUCAAAGGAUGGUACAGACUCAUACAUGAUCUGAUAAGCCGCGAAGGUCCAUUUCUUGAAACUGCUUGCAUUCCCAUUGCUGGAUUAACAAUCCUUCUGUGGCCUCUUGUUGUCAUUGGAAGUGUCAUAAUGGCUGUUUUCUCCAGCUUUUUCAUUGGAUUAUAUGGAGCUGUUAUCGUCUAUCAGGAGAGGUCCUUCCAAAGAGGUGUUGCUUUCGUGGUCGCAAUGGUAGCAGAGUUUGAUGAGUACACAAAUGAUUGGCUUUACCUUAGAGAAGGGUCCAUUCUUCCAAAGCCUCAUUAUCGAAACAAGAAGGGAUCCAAUUCGUCAGAUUACUCUGUGAAACGAAACGGUUCAGUACAAGGCAGACUAAACUCGAUAUUUGCUGAAGCACCUGCAAUGCUCGUGCCAAGCUUAACGUCGUCUAGAUCAGUGAGAGAGGCAAUACAAGAAGUGAAAAUGGUGCAGGUGUGGCAGAACAUGAUGAAAUCAUGUGAAAUAAGGGGCAAGGAAUUAUUGGACGCGAAAGUGAUAACUCCCAACGACCUGGAUGAUUGGUUAAAGGGAAAACAUGGAGUUGAUGUUGCAGUCAUCAAUGUUGGUUUAGCAUGUUAUACAUUUCUACAGAUAAUCUUUUAUUCCAUAAAAGCCGGAUCAGAUGGAUUGUUCCUUCUAGAGGAUCUUGAGAUCACUCAGCUGAACAGACCUCAGGACAGAUUAUUGGACUGGUUUUUCCAACCAGUCAUGGUCCUCAAGGAACAAAUUAGAGUCCUGAGCCUAGAAGACGGUGAAAUGAGGUUCCUAGAGAAAGUGGUCCUUUUCGAGAGCAACUCUGAACGCUUUAAGGCCUGGGAAAAUGGAAGUGUGGCGCCUCAGGAAUCUCUCAGAUCAGCUCAAAUUGAAGGCAUAAGCCGAAGGAUGGUGGGAAUGAUUAGAAGUGUUUCUAAGUUUCCAACUUAUAGGAGGAAAUUCAGACAGAUAGUGAAAACAUUGAUCAUGCAGUAUUCCACUAUUUCCAGAGAAGGUUCCACGCGAUCUGUUCCUCGUUCUGUAAAGAACAGUUCCACCCGAUCAGUGUCCACAAGAUCAAAUGGUUCUCUCGAAAUUGUUUAAACAUUUUGAAUAUAGAGUAGUGAUCUUUAACUCCCAUCGUAAUCAUUUAAGAGA